GCUUUUUACAGCUACAGCAUAAAAAAUUCGGAUUCGGACUCGCUGGAAACGUGAAUUCUGACAACGACGGGCCUACUUUUGAUUGAGUUUCCAACGACCAGCUUACAAACUAACAUUAAUUAUAUAAUUUUUGUUUACAUUGUUAAUAAUUUGUUCAGUGCAAGUGCUCCUAUUUAAUUUUAUAUUUAAUCAUUGUGGUUAAGUAACUGAUGGUAAAUAUUUGCGGAAAAUGAGCUGUAGGGUUAUACUUAGUAAUCCAGGAACCUACAAACCAGGUGAUAUUGUAUAUGGAAGGGUAGUAUGUGAUUUUACAUCUACUGAAAGCUUUAGAGGUAUAAGAUGUAAAUUCCGAGGAAGGGAGCAUACUGCUUGGACAGAGAGAGAAAGCUACUAUGAUAGCUCUUCCAAAUCGACAAAAUGGAGAACCGUCCAUUACUCAGGAGACAAUAAGUUUUUAUCCGUAAAUCUCAACCUUGUAGGCGAAGGUACAUUGCAAGCUGGUCACUACGAAUAUGAGUUUUCUUUUACAUUUCCAAGAAGUGGUAUUCCCAACCCUUAUAAUGGCAAUUAUGGAUACAUUAGGUACUACAUUAAAGCAAAUGUUGAUAAAGCAUUCGCUUUUGACUACGAAGACGAGGUGACAUUACAUUUAAUUGCACCAAUAAAUUUUAACGAUAUUCCGCAUGAGUUACAGCUGAGUCCAGUUAACUACCAGGAUGAAAAAACUAUAUGCUGCAUGUGUUGUGCGAGCGAUCCUAUCACUAUGGAUGUUUUUUUGGAAAAAGAAGCCUAUGUAGUAGGCGAAGUAGCAAAAGUAAAAGUAGAAGUUACUAAUAUGUCUAAUGAAAGUAUUUCGGAACUCAAUUUAACGCUGAAAAUGACUAUAGAAUCAAAGACUACCAGUCCAAGAACCCAUCACAAAUAUGACAAUGAACUGAUAGCUCUUACAUCAGCUACAGGCGUAGGAGCCCAUGGACAAAGAACAUACAACUUUGAUUUACAGAUACCAGCUAAUACCAUGGUUCCAAACUUCGCCGGAAGUUAUCUUUUUAAGCAGUGGUGUGUACUAAACAUUGAGGCAGUAAUACCAGGAUGUCACUCUAAUUUGGAUAUUGAUACCGGUAUAAAAUUAGGUCAUAUUCCACUUCUUGGAGAUCAGCUUCCACCUCCCCAAGUGCGUAUGAUACCAGUGCAUGAAGCACCAGGAGGAGCAUUCCCGUCACCUGCAAUGUAUGAUCCAUCGCUUAAUCCUUCUCCAUACCCUCCAGAAGGCGAUAAAGCUCCUCCAUAUCCAACAGGCCCUGCUCCACCAGGUGGUUGUGUUGUCCUCAACGGGGCUGGUUUUUGUGUACCUCCUCCUUAUCCAGAGAAAGGAAUGCCGAUGAUGCCUAUGCCACCAGGAGGAGCUUCAUCUAGUUCCGCAAGUGCUCCAAGAGAAGACGGUACUCCAUCGGCCCCUUCAAAAGCAGAUAUGGCAAAACAAGAUAGUUUUGAAAUGAUAGACGAUGGUGCAUCAGAACCACCUCCGCCAUCUUACCAAGAUAGUAUGAAAGGAGGUUCUCCUUCAAAUCCAACUGCUCCAUCAGCACCACCGAAGUAAAUACGAUUCGAUACUAGUUAUCAAUAAAAUAAGUGUUAAAACUGUUUUCAAACCCUGCCCGUCAACUACAACAGCUCGAAUCUACAAAUAGUACUUAUUUCAUAAAACGACUAUUAGGACUGCCAUCCAAAAAUUUUAAAUCGAUAUUAUUUGUUUAUACUUGUUUAUGAAGUUUUAAUAUCUCCCUCUAUUGUUCGUUUUAUAGGUUUAUUUCCAAUCUAUAAUCGGACUUUCUCAGACAUGGUUUAAUCUGAGUACUAAUAUAGAACCAGGCUUGAUAAUGAACCCGUAUUAUUUUGACUCGACUUCCACAGCUAAAUUUGCAAAUUGAUUCAGUAAAAUCAAUUUUACAGACCUACUCAGAAUUCAUAAUACAAAUUUAACUAAAAUAAAAAUAUAUACCUUAGGAGUACUAGGUACUUAAAAUGACGAUGAUGGAACCAUCAAUUUUUAUAUACGUAUACAUAACAAUAUAAAAAUAUGAGCUAUACUCUUAUAAAUGUAAAUAAUUAUUUUAGUGUUUUCAACUAUAUGUAUAUAAAAUUUAAAAUUGUAUUAUAUAAAAAUAUAUUAUAGUAGAUAAUACUGUAAAUUAUUUUAACGAUGUGAUAAAAAUACAAAAUCUAGUAUAAUUUCAAAAUCUAUGUAGUAUAACUUCAAAUAUAAAAUGGUAUAUUCAAUUUUUAUUAAAAAAAUUUAAAAUUAUUUAAAUGAAUUAAUAAAAUACAUCAGGACGUUUUCGGUCCUAUCUGACCAUCAUCAGUGAGAACGUCUAAGCACAUGAGUACUUGGAACUAGCUACAGAAAUGGACCAAAAGACCCUUAAAUUACAUGAUUAAUGUAUUAAAAAUAAUGAACAUGACGACAUAAAGUCGAUGUUAAAAGAUUUAAAUUAUUGUGGGGAUAUACAGGGUGUUUCAUUAAUAAUUGUCCAUAUAGUAACUGGAGAAACCUUAGCACAAAAUACGAAGAUUUAACCUAAAACUCUUAAAUAAAAUGUGGUUCCUUACUGAGUUACAGGGUGUUUUAUCUAAAAAUUUAAAAACUAUUUUUGCUCAGCAUUUUAAAACUAUUCGACGUAUCCUUUUCAUACUUGACAGGAAGUAUAGGUACUGUACAAAAUACUAAAUUAUGUUAAACCAACGUUUUUGGCUAUUGCCAGAGGCUUACGACGGGGGAAAGUGAAUGGUUGACCCUUUCCAAAUUCUACGCCACUGGCGGAAUUGCUAUUUUAGUUCAAUUAUUGGAUUCUCCAAUACUUUCUAUGAAAAUGAUAUACUCUUCAUUCGUAACGAUAAAGUCAUUAGUUUUCGAGAUCUUUGAAGUUAAAAAUGAAACGACACGGUUAUUUUGAUUAAUGUAUUGUGUCGCUUCAUUUUUAAUUUCAAAUAUCUCGAAAACUAAUCAUUUUGUCGUUCCGAAUGAAGAGUAUAUUAUUUACAUAAAAAGUACUGGAAAAUCAAAAAAUACACUAAAAUAGCAAUUUCGUCAGUGGCGUAGAAUUUGGGAAGGGUCAACCAGCCACUAUCCCCUGUCGUACGCCUCUGGUAGUAGCUAGAAACGUUUAUUUAUCUUAAUUUAGUAGGGUGUACAGUACCUACACUUUCUGCCAAGUAUGAUAAGGAUACCCCAAAUAGUUUUAAAGUACUGGGUACAAAUAAUUUUUAAAUUUUAAUCAUAUGAAUCAUAUCAUAAAUUAAUCAAAGUCGAAAUUUGAGUCAAAAAAAAUAUGUCGAAAACUAAUGACUUUAUUGUUACCAAUGAGAAGUAUAUUAUUUACGUUGAAAGUAUUGGAGAAUCUAAAAACGGUACUAAAAUAGUAAUUCCUCCAGUGGCGUAGAAUACUUUCUGCCAAGUAUGAAAAGGAUACGUCGAAUAGUUUUAAAAUGCUGAGUAAAAAUUUUUUUUAAGUUUUAGAUAAAACACCCUGUAACUCAGUAAGGGACCACAUUUUAUUUAAGUGUUUUAGGUUAAAUCUUCGUAUUUUGUGCUAAGGUUUCUCUAGUUACUAUAUGGAUAAUUAUUAAUGAAACACCCUGUAUACAUCCCUGCUCGAAAACACGUGGCACUAUAGUGAGAAGUGAAGGCCAACUUGGAACAUAAUAAUUGUGAAUCUUAUUUUUAUAAAAUAACCAUUAUUUAGACAAUAGCUCGUCAAAUUGUAUACAUUUCCAUUAUAAUUAAUUAUAAUGGGGUUGCUAGGCUAUUGUUACAACCUACUACCUCAUAAGUAAAGUUUUAACUCAUUUUUAUUUUAUUUUUUCUUAGAUUUGAACAAAUUUGAACUUACUAAAUGGACCACGCGAUAAUAAAAAAUUGUUACUUAUGAAUGGAAAGUUCAACUACAAGAAGAUAUUUUGUUAAAUUGACAUUUGUCCGAAGUGGUAACGACAUUUAUCUUUUCAGGAUGAUAAUUCAUCCUAAACACGUAAAUAUUUAAUUAUUUGUGUUAAUUAUUUAUACUUACCUAACUUAUAGUUUAAAUGGGCCGGUUGUUCGAACGCUAAUCAACAAUGAUCAUUAUCAAAUAUUUAAUUACUCUCACCAACUGUCAAUGUCUACUUUGUUUGGGUUGCUGAAAACAUAAUUGAUUACAAUUAUAAAAUUACUAAAUCAAUUAUGUUAAUAAUUGUUAUGUUAAUUGAUUAACUAAUCUCAUAAUUAUAAUCAAUUAUGUUUUCAGCAACCCAAUAAAAGUUGACAUUGACAGUUUUGGUGGCAGUAAUUAAAUAUUUGAUAGUGAUCAUUGUUGAUUAGCGUUCGAACAACCGCGGCCCUUAGUUAUUUAAAUUAAUCCUCCAUUUUAUUUAUGUAGUGUGAUUAGAAUAUAGCCUAAUAUUAACAAUAUUUCAAGUUAAACAGAAUACUCAGUGACAAUAGAAUAUUCCCAACUCCCAACAACGAAAACUAAUUCUUAUGCCUUAUUAUAUUUAAAAUUAGGGCAAAUAUAAAACCAAUCGAAUAAUAUACAGGGUGAUUGAUUAGUGGGGUAAAGCUCAAUAGAUCCGCGUUAGUAAUAAAUAGCAAUAAAAGUUAAUAACAAAAAUUUUGGCCACCUUUGAGCUUCACAUUACAAAAUUAGUUAGAAUGUUACAGGGUGUUCGAUAACACAGUGGCAGACCAAACUUUUGUUUUUUAAAUGGAACACCCUAUAUUUUAUUUUAUAUUCGAAAUCCUUUUAACUUCUCCAUCACAAAAAUAUAAAGGUUUGUUAUAUUAUACAGGGUAUUUACAAAGUUAUAACGAAUUUUGUAUGAAAAUCGUAACAAGUUCAACUCCCUGUAUAAAUAAAAAUAAGCACAACAGCAAUGGUUUAUUCAUGCCAUAUUUUUUUAUUUAUUGUCAAAAUUUUCAAGGAUUAUUGACAUUGCUAAUUUUCUUUAUAUCAAAUACAGGGUGAGCAAGUACAUUAUUUUCUCAGUAAUGUUAAAUGGAACACCCUGUAUUUUAUAUCAUUAUUGAAAAGUAACAUUACCGUACUUUAAUUUUUAUAUAACAUUCCUUAUGUCCAAAUUUAUUAGUUUUCGAGAUAUUUUCAUUUUUCAGAGCAAAUUAUUUUAGGUGUCUAAAUUUAUCUAAAUUUUAAGUAAGCCAUGACUGAAUUGACAAUUGACGAUUAUUGAUUAUCAAUCCGGUCAGUGCCGGUUUAUGCACUGGGCGCUUGGGGCGGGCGCCCAGGGGCCCGGGCCCCGGAGGGGCCCGUAAGGCCCGUUCCUUUUACUAAUAAAAAGGUAAAGUCCUCUAAAUAAUCUACGUUUUUUCCAAAACAGAAAAAAAAGACGACGAAAUACCUACGAUUUCGAAAUGGUCUGAUUUUAAGACUGAUGUCUUUAUACAAACUGUGAACUUUUAAACAAAAAAGUGAUUCCUUAGAACAUUGUAAAAAAAUGUUUGAAGAUGGAGAAAAAGCUUAUUAUACAAGAUUAAAUAAAAGCAACUUUUAUAGAGGAAAACCCAAUGGAGGCAAAGAAAAGAGAGAUUGGCUAAUAUACGACGCAAGUGUUAAAGCUGUUUUGUUACCUGCCCUUGCAAAUUAUUUUCAUUUGAAAAAAUAGUUUAACUGAAUUUGGAUGGACCCACUGGAAACAUUUCAAUAUUUUGCUCAAAUCUCACGAAGAAAGUAAAUUUCAUCUGAACUCUAUUGUUACAUAAAUGACAAGAUUAUCAUUAAUAUUAAUUGGAGUUAUAGAAGCUGCCUUGAAAGAGCAAGUAAAAUGCGAAGCUGACUAUUGGAUAAACGUCCUAAGAAGAGUUGUUGUCACUACUAAAUGACUUGCUUCUCAAGGACUAGCUUUCCGUUGAUGCAAUGAGGAUUUAAUGAGUCAUCAUAAAGGAAAUUACUUAAGUUGCCAACUAGGCUAAAUUUGACUACUUCUUAGCUGAGCAUUUACAACGGAAUGCGAAUAAAUAAAAAGGUUCAGUUAGCUAUCUGUCUCACCAAAUUUGCAAUGAAUUCUUGAAAGUAAUGAAAUCAAAGCUUGUAGAAACUUUUGACGCUGUAAAUGCUUUAGUUACAGUAGUCCAUCAUACAGUAGUUUUUCCAGAUAAGCAAUAACAGAGACGAAAAAUUAACAAUUAAAAAUGAAGCCAAGACACUGCUGAAUAAAAUCUUUGAGACAGUUCUAUUGACACUGAUUUGGACAAAAACUUUGGAAUGAGUUAAUGCAAAAGCAAUACGUGAACGUGAAGAAACUGUGGACUUAAACGUGUCAAUUGGAGUAGAAAUAAUGACAUCUAUUUUGGGAUUUGUUGGAGACGUAAGAAAUAUGUCAAGAGAAAUUGAACUAGAAGCCAAAAAUAUUUUUUUUGCGAAGACGAGGAUAUAUGCUACAAAGAUGUUACAUCAGCUGUUAUAUGAUUUUCUACGCUAGAUAAAGAAGCAAUCAAGACGUCAAUUAAUACUUUAUAUGUGAAAUAUAAAAAAUAUGUUGAUGAAACCAAAGAGAACUUGUAUAACGAAAUUACCCAUUCUAUAACAUUAUGUCAAAAGUUGAACAAACAUUUAUAAAAUUUGGUGUCAUCCCAUCCAGGAUGUAAAGAUUGUAAAGGCAACAUUUCCCAAUAUUUUACCUUUACUGCAAGUAUAUUUCACGAUACCAACUUCUAAUGUAUCAGUUGAGCUGUCUUUUUCGGCUUUAAAAAGAAUAAAAAUAUAUUUAACGCCAAAUUUGGGUCAAGAAAAUCUAGACGCAUAUCACUAUGUAUUGAUUGUAUUAUAGAAAAUGAAGACCUGGAGCAACUGAAUUGUGAUAGUAUUAUCUGACAGAUUGCUAAUGCCUAGUCAAGCAAAAAAGUGAUCUAAUUGUUGUCAUUGAUGUAUUUUUUAGAAUAUAUUUUUUGUUUGUCAUGUGUUGUUUUGUCUAACUUUCUGUUUUUUUAUACAUUUUUAAAUGUAAUUUUUGGAAUAUUUUUUACGUUUGGUAUUCUUCUUGUUUGCUAAAAAUUCUUUAUGGAUUUUGCGAGUAUAAAUACAUGAAUGUGUUUUCUUGUAAAAAAAUCUGACAACGAAUAGCAAUUAAGGGGCCCCUAAAUAUUCAGCGCCCAGGGCCCGAAGUUAGGUUAAACCGGCACUGAAUCCGGUAGUCAAUGUAACAAUGUAGCAAAUAAAGAAAUAAAAAUAAUUUAUUAGUAAUACAUUGUACAAAAAAAAACACACAAACACAAAACACAAAUUUUUGUGAAGACAAUUAAACACUACUUUUGUAUGUAAAUGUAACAAUGUAACAAAUACAGAGCGAAAAAUAAUUUAUCAGUAAUACAUUUUGCAAAAAAGACCAUGUUUGAAAAAAUUAGAAGCUGCUUUUAAUAAAAUAUUUUUAAUAUAAUUACAUAAGGUGUUCAAAAUUACCUCCUAACACAUUUAUGCACGCCUAAAAACGAUCAUUAAAUGAGCUACUUACUCUACGAAGCGUUUGUAAAUUAACACAUCGAAAUACACUUUGUGUUCUAUUUUUCAUCUCAUCCCUUGUUGUUGGAGGUAUUUUAUAAACUUCAUUAUUAACGUAACCCCAAAAAAAUCAGUCCAGUUUAUUAAAUUCUGGUGAUUUGGGUGGCCGCGCUACUGUCCAUUGAAAAAUUAAAAUAUCUCGAAAACUAAUAAAUUUAGACAUAGGGAAUGUCAUCUAAAAAUUAAAGUACGGUAACGGUAAUUUUCAAUAGUGAUAUAAAAUACAGGGUGUUCCAUUUAAAAUUACUGAGAAAAUAAUGUAUUGCGUUUUGACUCACCCUGUAUUUUUUUUUCAGGGUGUCAUUUCUGAUAUCAUUUUUGAUAAUUUUGACAAUACCUAAAAAAUAUGGCAUUAAUAAACCAUUGCUGUUUUGUUUAUUUUUAUUUAUACAGGGAUUUGAACUUGUUACGAUUUUCAUAUAAAAUUGGUUAUAACUUUGUAAAUACCCUGUAUAACAUAAUAAACCUUUAUAUUUUUGUCAUGUAGAAGUUAACAGGAUUUCGAAUUUAAAAUAAAAUAUAGGGUGUUCCAUUUAAAAAAACAUAAGUUUGGUCUGCCACUGUGUUAUCGAACACCCUGUAACAUUCUAACUAAUUUUGUAAUGUGAAGCUCAAAGGUGGCUAAAAUUUUUGUUAUUAACUUUUAUUGCUAUCUAUUACUAUAGCGGAUCUAUUGAACUUUACCCCACUAAUCAAUCACCCUGUAUAGUAGAUAUAAACAAAAAUGUGAUAUUCAAAUUACUCUGUGAUGUUAGGCUUCCACGCUUUGGCCCAACUCGGGUUCAGAUCAAGACUUUUACCAAAAAAGAUAGAUAUUACUUUUCACCUUAAUACAAAUUUCUAACGUGUUAACAAUUUGGAUAUAUCGCUGCUUGCGGCCUCACAUAACGUCUGUCAGCAAUUUGUUCUGAAUUAUUCCUUGAUUGAAAAUAGAACGUUUUCAAAUAUACGUCUCCAAGAUCUGUUUACACUAACAAUAACGUGUUUAGUAAUUAUUAUACUAAUAUCACGGUCUGGUAUUGACGCAAUAUUGAUCAAUCUGAAACGCAAGCAAAUACGUUUUAAGCUCUAUUGAGAAUUAUUAAUGCCUGGCUGCACCAACAUUAUCUUAAGCUUAAGACGUGGCUUAAGCUCAGCUUACGAAUCAUAAGCGUUGCACCAUUGAGUUUUAGAUCAAUUUUCACUUUGCCACAAUGGAUUACCAUUAUUGUUGGUGCAAUCAGGCAUAAUUAACUUAAUUUACAACUCUAUUUCAUUUUUUAUGUUGUGUUAUGUAUGGAUGGGCUAAGUAGGUAUUUUAAAAAUAAACUUAUAAUGUACGAAAGGCCGUCCUCAAUUUUUUUAAAUUUGUGUCACUAUGAGAAACACUGAAUCAUUAUCAUAUCAUAUCUCCUCCAUGUCAACUCUCCCAGCGAAUAAUAAAUAAUAACAAAUUUCCAGUUGUGGAACCCCAUUCGUGGCUCAGUGGUAAAAGAGCCUACCUUUGGACCGAAAGGUUGUGAGUUCGAAUUUCAAAAAAUUGAAUCGAAUUCAAUAAAAAUUUAAUAAAUUAAAAUAAUUUCUGUCCUUGUGGGAUUGGUACUCACCGGAGGGACCACAGACGUUCGGAUACAAUUUUAUUAGCGUCUCUUUGUAAAGACAAUAAAGUCGACUUUACUAAAAUAACCAGACAGUUAUGCAUACACAUUGCACAUUACUACCCUGAGUGAUAAGUUAUAGUCUAAAAAAUCAUUAUGAAAUUGACUGGCCAGUUGGAUGUGAAAACCAAUACCAAUAAAACACACACAGAGUUGUAGUAUGAAAAAAAAUAUUAGUUUUAUUUUAUUUUAGAUUUUGUAUUAUGAGCAUCGUCAAAAUAAAUCUACAUAUUUGUAAUAGUUAUAUAUUUUUGGAUAAUUUUUCUACUGUAAAACUUUUGGUUAGAAGUAAGGAAGAAAGAAAUAUUUGCGAAUGCGCUUUUGAUAAAAUAUCCGAUUUUAACUUAUACAGUGCGUUCAUUUUUCAAUCAGGAAUUUGGUGUAUAAUAUGGCAUGUAUUAGCCCAGAAAAUGACCAUUUUGGAGUUUAAUUAGAGAACAACGAACACAUGUGUUGGUUGUUCUCUGUUCUGUGGUAUAAUUAUCAGGGUCAACUCCGAAUUGCAUGAAAAGGCGAAAAAUCAUGUUUAAAAUAAGUUCGGAAAUGGAUAAAUUAACUAAUUCUAAGUAACUUUUGUUUUAUAGAGUUUUUGAACUAAUCUAAUACUUAUUGAAUAUUUUCCAAAUCGAAAUAUUUAAUUUUUACUGUAGUUAUUAUGACACUGAUAUAUAUUUUUUAUUUAUACUAUAAACUAUAACUGACUAUCGUCUUCCAAAGUAGCUGAAUAAUAUUCUCAGACAGUAUAUCUAAUCAUAACUUAUUUUAUUGUUUUUUUUUUUCGGAAAUCCGUUGUACGUCAUCCUACUAUAGGUACGUUAUUAAUUCAUUAUUCAGAGAUACAUGAAAAAUUGCGACUACGCUUUGUAGUCAAGAAUUUCUUUUAUUAAAAAGCCCAAACCGACAUGCUACUUGAUCAGAUAUUAAUAAUGGCCAAAAUAUAUGCCAACCUUAAAAUAAGAUAUACCUAUGUUCAUUCUGUUUAAGGGGAAAGGAACAAAAUGCAACAUUUUGACGCCUGUCAAAAUUUUCAAUGCAUUUUAAAUGUAAUCAGUUUUUUCGAGUCUUGAGAAAACUAAGGUAUUUUUGAAAAAUUUAAACGCAGAAUGAAAGAUUACUUUAUUACCGAGGGCCGAAAGUCCCUUAGAAUGAAUAAAAAGUUUCUUUUGAAUGAGAUAUUUGAAAUUAAAAAUCACACUAAAUUUUCUGUUAGUUUUUCACCCCUGUAACUUAUUAAAAUAAACAUUAUAGAAGUUUUCAGGGACUUUUGGCCCUCGUUAAUAACGUAAUCUUUCAUUCUGCGUUUAAAUUUUUCAAAAAUACUUAUUAGUUUUCUCAGUAUUCGGAAAAAAUUAAUCCCAUUUAAAUAGCAUUGAAACCGAAAUUUCGUACCCAUCCCCUUAAAGGAGAAAAUACAGACCUCGAUUGUUCUCCACCAAAAACGUUUCUGAUUCUCGUAAUUCUAUAUGUGUUUAUAAAAUUGAAUCUGUGAUAGAUAUUCAAUUUGAGUUUAAGUGGGCAUCUAAUAGGUAGAAAUACAAAAAAAAAAUGUUUAACAGUAUUCUAGGCUUCCUUAUCUUUCACAAAGCAUUGUGGUAUUAAUAACAAGCUGCGACUGCAAGCAUUAUCAUAAAGAAAACUUUGUUUAGGGUUAGCAAACAUUAUUUCUAUAUCACUAUAUAUUUGUACAUAAUAUACAGUGAUGAGCAGUGGCGGCUGGUCAGAGGAGGUAAGGGAGGCUUAGCCUCCCCAUAAAUUUUUUACACACGCCACACUGUUUUGUUUACUUUGCUUCGCGUUAGAGAUAUCGCAAAAAGUUUUUUGAACAAGUUGUUCCAAAUAAUAUUCUAACCCCACAUACCAAAUUUCAGCACAAAAUUCGCACUUUUAGUUUUUUCAUUAUUUGUAGUCGGGAUCCUAAAAUCGCAGAGGAGGCUGCUGGCCAGAAAAUCUCACUUGCUAAUGCUCCGCGUAGCCCAGCAGCGUUUAAGGAUGGUUUAAGAAGACCCGGUCUCCUUAGAGCUGCACAUCGCUUAACGCACACGCUGCCCGGAGAUCCGGCAAGUGAGAUUUUUCGGCCAGCAGCCUCCUCUGCGGAUUUCAGGAUCCUGACUACAAAUAAUGAAAAAACUAAAAGUGCGAAUUUUGUGAUGAAAUUUGGUAUGUGGGAUUAGAAUAAUAUUUGGAAUAACUUGUUUAAAUAACUUUUUCCGAUAUCUGUAAUGCAAAGCAAAAUAUCGGUAAUUUACCGUGUUUUUGCAUUCGCAGAGUAAGCCGCUUUUAGAAUUAAAAAAAUUCAGUUGAGUAUCUUACAGAAUGUGAAGCUUCAUCCUGUAUGGACUGCAAAACUUCAAAUCUGUAUUUAUUUUGAUAUGCAUAUCUACUUACAGAGAUAGAAUUGUUAACAAAUAAACGACACAAACUUUGGUAAUACACUUUUACAAUUAUACUAACUAUUUUUAAAAUGAUAUGACAUUAUGAAAUAAUUAUGAAUUAUGAUGAUAUUAUAAAAUGUAAAUAAAAAAUGGUCAAAAAAUGGGGCCUUAAAUUAAAUUUUUUUGGCGGAUUUUUUUUUGCUAAUACAAAUUUGUCUAAAUAAUUUACAGUUAGGUAUAGCCUCCCCUAUUGAAAACAUUACGAGCCGCCAUUGGUGAUGAGCAUCUUAAUAACCGGCAAAUAACGCAAAAGAUGGAAAACAUGAAGUUGUGAGAUAAAAGAGAUGAAACUUGUAGAGGUGGGAAAUUUAGCGAUAGAAACGUAUAAAUUUACAUUAUAUUGUACAUCAUGUGCAAGUCUAAAAUUCAGUUUUUCGACUUUGAGAUCGGUUAUAUCGAAUUUGGUUUGAGGUAUCGAACUGGUAAUAUGAUAUUCGUAAUCUACGUAAAAACACAUUGAAUUGACAUACAUCGUAUUCCUUAAGUAAAAAAUUUGCUUUUUUGACUUUGAGGUCAUUUAUCUCGAAUGUGGUUCGAUAUAUCGAAAUUCCGUUUUCAAAUUUGGAUUCAGGAGACAAAACUACAUAUGAAUGCACCAUCCAUCGGUAGGUCGGUUCCAAGUGUUGCAGGGGCGGCGACGCAGAAAUGAAUGACCCAAACACACUUUGCGAAUUUAUAAUGUAAAACUAAGUUUUCGUUGAAAAUUCAUAUCGUAAUUGUGGAAAGAGUAUAAAAGUUAGUAAAGGUCAUUUGAGCUCCAUAAAUUAAAAGUCUAUAGUUGUUCAAUGAUAUUUUUGAAUGUACCUACAUUAUUUACGAAAAAUAUAAUAAUAGGAGCUUAGCUAGAAAUUCUAAGGCAUGAUUUUAGUACGGCGACGUAAAAAUUGGAUUUUUUUCGUGCAACGGAGAAAAAAAAGAGGGUACUGUACAAUUUUUUUAGUAACUUCGUUUGAAUAAACGAAUCACUUUAUAGUCUGUAAAUCCCCCUAAAUCGAAACGGGUACAAAUAUUAUACGGCAAAAAACAACUUACACUUAAACUUACGUGCUUACAAUUAUUUUUGGCUGUGUGCGUAAAUGCAAGAGAUAAUAUAAAUAAAAGAGACAAAUAGAAACAUGCAGAGGAAUGAUUAAGAAAUUUCUGUACCUUCAAUAUAAUAUGAGGCGCUCAGAACAACAGUGGCCUAACCCCAAAAACGAAGUUUUGAGAUAAAUUCAAUCUUUGCAUUCGUAUUUACACUGCUUAUUGGAUUACAGAUUACUUAUUGGCUACAGAUUAUGGAGCGCUAUUUAGCCAAAUAUAGAGGUAGGUUGUGUACACCCUUGUUAAUCCGAAUAAGAUUCAAUAUUGAUGCUUUUAUUGAUAUAUUAAUCUAAAAAUGCUCAAUUUGCGGUUUAGGCCACUGUUGCUCUGAGCGCCUCAUAUAUACUUUAGAAAAGAAUAUAUUUAAAUGAUUUUAGUUACCUAUUAUAUUAUGUGUAUAUAAUCACUGCCAGCUCGGAGGUAAAGUUUACUUUUUAAGAACAUAAUUUUCAAGAAAUUUCGACAGUUUUCACAAAAAUUAUUUAAAUUAUGCUAUUGUAUCCUUAGUUAACCUUGUCUUUGUGUUCAAACGAAAGUGCCUAUAUUUCGUAUAUAUUUUAUUAGGGUAUACCAUAGCCUAUAGGCGCCCAUACUCAUGGGAAGGGGCGAGCCGUGGGCCCCCUAGCCUUUCGGGGUUGCUUUAAACUAUAUAUCGUGAUCCAUUGUAUACAAAAUGCAAUGUGCAACAUCUUCAUGUCUGUCGCCCCCCUAAAAAUUUUUAUAUAGCCGCCCAUAAGUAUAUACGUACUACAGUUUCUAAAAUGUAUUUUGUAAAUGUAUCCAAUGUAUGUAUUUUAUAUAAUGGUAUUUGUAUUUUAAUAAAAGAUCUUUUAUGCGUA